AUGCCUCAACCCCGUCCGACGCGUGCACAACGCCUCGUGUCAAACGAGAACGAUGAGAACAGUGGAUCGAUGCGUAUGACGCGUGCUAAGGCAGCCGCAUUGAACGUUGAUGAGCUUGCUGGCCCAGGAAAAGCCUUGGCAACGAAGAAGUCGGUAGUAAACGCGAACACAACAGCAGGCCCACGGAAGCGCAGCGCCCUUGGUGAUAUGAGCAAUGUCCACAAAGCAGAUGGCGUUGAGGUAAAGAAGACCACCAGCAAGGUCGGUCUUGUAUCAAAGGCUGCUCAGCCCACCGGUAUCACCAAGAACCAAUCCCGAGCCACCACAACCAGAUCUGCUCUAGCACCCAAGGAGACUAACAAAAAAUCCGAAGCCAAGCGCGCCCCUGGAUCCGGUGUUGCUAAACGCAAAGCGACCUCUGCAACGGUAACCAUUGUUAAGGAUGAGAAUGUCGUUGAGCAAGAUGAACCCCGGCGCAAGAAGCAUCACCCCGCUCAGCCCGUAAAGCCCCGUCUUCCAGAGGACGAUGCUGCACCUACCAAACCUCCCGUUGUCGAGUCAGAACCUACUGAAGUCACAAAGCAACCCAUGACCGAGUACCCUGAGGGUGUCAAGAACCUUGACGAGGAAGACUUGGACGAUCCCUUGAUGGUGGCUGAGUAUGCCAACGAAAUCUUCGAGUAUCUCCGAGACUUGGAAUGCAACUCGAUUCCCAACCCCAAUUACAUGGAGCAUCAAGACGAUUUGGAAUGGAAGACGCGUGGAAUCCUUGUCGACUGGCUAAUCGAGGUUCACACUCGCUUCCACCUCCUCCCUGAAACUCUCUUCCUCGCCAUCAACAUCAUCGACCGCUUCCUGUCUGAGAAGGUCGUGCAGCUCGACCGCCUACAGCUCGUUGGUAUCACCGCCAUGUUUAUUGCGUCCAAGUAUGAGGAGGUUCUGUCGCCUCACGUCGCCAACUUCCGGCACGUUGCCGAUGAUGGAUUCAGUGAAGCAGAGAUCUUGAGCGCAGAACGUUUUGUUCUCGGCACUCUAAACUACGAUCUCAGCUACCCUAAUCCAAUGAACUUUCUCCGUCGCAUCAGCAAGGCCGAUAAUUACGAUAUCCAGUGCCGUACCAUUGGCAAAUAUCUUAUGGAGAUUAGCCUUUUGGAUCACCGGUUCAUGGCUUACAGGCCGAGUCAUGUUGCGGCUGGUGCUAUGUACCUGGCCAGACUGAUUCUCGACCGCGGUGACUGGGAUGAUACCAUCGCAUUUUAUGCUGGCUAUAACGAGGAGGAAAUCGAGCCGGUUGUUCGCCUUAUGGUAGACUACCUCGCGCGCCCAGUUAUUCACGAGGCCUUCUUCAAGAAGUACGCCAGCAAGAAGUUUCUCAAGGCUUCGAUCCUUACUCGCCAGUGGGCCAAGAAAAGUGCAGUUCACUUCGGUAUCGUUGACCCUCAUCUCUCCCUGGACCAGAUCUCUGCCCAGGAAGAUGACUACCCUGAGGAUGAUGAUUACUAG